GUUAACUAGUACUCCGUAAAUACUGUUCGAUUGAAAGAUUACACUAAUAUCUUUUGUUUCCUAAGUUAACCAUAUCUUUUGGUUUCCUAAGAUACCAUUGAUUACAAAAGAUAUCUUUCGAUCAUCUAUUAUCUGAUUUAUCUCUUUAAAUACUACUCCCUAAAACGGAGUAAAACUGUAGCAGAGUUCUUCGCUAUUAAAUCCUCUCGCUGCGUUAUCAUCGACCGUGUAAUCGGAAGAUAUCUUUUGGCUACAAUGGUGACAAAAAAUACUGCUGAUUUGGGGAGGAGCGGAGGAGUUUACAUCCCUCUUUUCAAGUUGGCUAGGAUGAUGGAGGAUGAAGAGGACAAAAGCUCAGUGGAAUACCAAAAGAUCACGUGGGAUGCUCUUAGGAAGAGUAUAAAUGGGUUGGUUAAUAAAGUUAAUGCAACAAAUAUCAAGAACAUCAUUCCAGAACUUUUUGCUGAAAAUCUGAUUCGUGGAAGGGGCCUGUUUUGCCGCUCUUGUAUCAAGUCCCAGAUGGCUUCUCCUGGUUUUACUGAUGUUUUUGCAGCACUGGCUGCUAUUGUUAACACCAAGUUCCCAGAGGUUGGAAAUCUUCUUCUGAGGAGGAUUAUUUUGCAGCUUCAGAGAGCCUACAAACGCAAUGAUAAGCCCCAAUUGUUGGCAGCUGUUAAAUUCGUUGCCCAUCUUGUGAACCAGCAAGUAGUUCAUGAGCUGAUUGCCCUUGAACUUGUUGCUGUUUUGCUUGAAAAUCCCUCAGAUGACAGUGUUGAAGUUGCAGUUGGUUUUGUUACUGAGUGUGGGUCUAUUCUCCAAGACUUGACUCCACAUGGAUUGUAUGGUAUUUUCGAGCGGUUCCGUGGGAUACUUCAUGAAGGAGAGAUCGAUAAAAGAGUCCAGUUCAUGAUUGAAGGCCUCUUUGCAAUACGCAAAUCAAAGUUUCAGGGUUAUCCCGCUGUUCGCCCUGAGCUCGAUUUAGUAGAGCAGGAGGAUCAGAUCACCCAUGAAAUAUCUCUUUGGGAUACUAUAGAAGAUGAAGAUGCACUGAAUAUUUUCAAGCCAGAUCCCAAUUACUUAGAAAACGAAAAGAAGUAUGAAGAUUUGGAAAAGACAAUACUAGGUGAUGAAUCUAAGGAAGAAGGGGAUUCUGAUGCUGAGUCUGUGGUUGAAGACGAAGAGGAUGAAGUGGAAGAUGAUGAGAAACGAAUGAGAAUAACUGAUGAGACGGGAACAAACUUAGUCAAUCUUCGAAGAACCAUCUAUCUGACUAUUAUGUCGAGUGUGGGCUUCGAGGAAGCAGGCCAUAAACUCUUGAUGCUUAAACUUGAGCCUGGUCAAGAGAUGGAAUUAUGCAUAAUGAUUCUAGAGUGCUGCAGCCAGGAGAGAAACUACCGCCCUUUCUAUGGGUUUUUGGCUCAACGUUUUUGUAUGAUCAACAAGAUUUACCAGGAGAACUUUGAAAAGUGCUUUGUGCAACAGUACUCAACGGUUCAUCGGUUGGAAACCAAUAAACUGAUAAAUGUUGCACAGUUCUUUGCCCACUUGCUUGAAACUAAUGCAUUGCCUUGGCAUGUUCUGUCUUACAUUCGACUCUCCGAAGAAGAUACCACCUCCUCUUCCCGCAUCUUCAUCAAAAAUCUCUUCCUGGAAUUAUCUGAACGUCUUGGGAUCCGGCUUUUGAAUGAACGCCUGAAUGAUCCAACCAUGCAAGAGUCGUUUAACUCUAUUUUCCCAAAGGACAACCUGAAGAAUGUAAGGUUUGCAAUUAAUUUUUUCACCAUCAUCGGCCUGGGUGGGAUCACUGAGAACCUCCGGAAAUAUCUGAAGAUUAUGCAAGGCCUCAUCAAGCAGCAGCAACAGAAGCACACCACCCCUGAGGAAGAGGAGACUGCACGAAGAAAAAGGGGGAGGCGUUGAUCUGCCCAAAUGUAUCGUUUUAAACUUUGUUCACUUUUUAAACAUUUUUCCUAGGUGACUUUGUCCUAUAAAUUGAUUUUCAGAUGAACAAAAUCAUUCUCAAUUUUUUUUUAAAUAGUGAAAUUGUGAUUCAAUCACGAGCUUUAGAUACACUCUGAUGAAUGGAAUCAAUUAUGUAAAUUGUGUUA